AUGGCUUUGGAAGUUGCUAAACCUUUUUUACAGAUGGAAAAUCUAACUCUGACUGGUUUACAGAAAUUAACCAAGAGUAAGCUAAUGGAAUUGACAGAUAAAUUGGAGUUCGAAUUACCCGAAGAGUCCAAACUGAACUCAGAAAAAAAAGUGGAAGUCCCAAAACAACUGAAAGUUUGCUGGUAUCACAGAAUCCACCAGUCGAGGGCAAAUGCUUUUUUCCAGCGUCCACAGCAUCACCUGUGCCAAGUUUCAGAAAAAGAUGAUAACAUCGAAAUGGAUAUGGCAGUAAGCUCAGCUGAUUACUAUUUCUCUCAUAGCCCGGAAUCAGACAAGAUAGCAAUAGACUAUGCUAAGGUGGAGCGCAAGAAUAAUGCAACGUACUAUAAUGAGGCUUGGCUCCGAGCCUAUCAUGAAUGGCAGCAAAGAAAAAUCGAGCUCAAGGUACCAGAUGGUCUUCUGGAAGAGCAUGUCAUCGCAAUUCUGUGCUACACCUUAGACCGACCACCCCUAUACAGAUAUUUCAAUAAAGCUAUUAGAAACUAUGGUACAAAUGAUGAAAUAUAUUCAAAAUGUUUCCACUACAAAAGUCUGCACUAUCUUCUGUCAGUAGCUCUGCGUGUAUUACAGAAUAGUUCUUGGGGUCCUGAUCCAGGAACUGAGGUCUACAGAGCAAUGGAUAGAAAGGUUGUGGUCAGCAAAGGAGCAAAGAUCCGUUUUGGGCAGUUUGCUUCAACAUCUCUGAACAUUAUGGAGUCAGUCUCGACAUUUACAGAUGAGGAUACAACCAGUAACACACUGUUUAACAUCACUACCUCCCAUGGUGUUGCCAUCCAAAACUUUUCCUUUUUUCGUAGGGAAGAGGAAGUGCUCAUUCCACCUCAUGAGGUGUUUAACGUUACCAAAGUAGUCAAUUGGGAAGAUGAUUUAGGGUUAAAAGGUGUCAAUAUUGUCCUUUCUUCAACUGGUCAAAAACAAACUGAGGUAAAGCUACAGUCAGAUGGCCCUGGACAUCUUCGUGUGGUGAGGAUGCUAGAACCAGUAUCUCCAUGGUGGUUCUCCAUUUUAGCAAUUUUGUUGAUCCUGCUGUUCGCUGCUUGUGUCUUCUUUUUGAAGAAACAGAAAUACAUCUAAAUUGCUGGUUGAUCAGAAGCUGCAAUAUCUCAAUGAAGAGAGAUGAUGCACUCACACAGCAUGAGGAUGCCACCCAUGUUCCACUUAAGCAAAGCAAAUUCAGCAUCCAUUGACUCAUUUUCCAAUUUUAACUCCUUUCAUUGCAAAAUGUCAUGAUAAAUAUCAUUAAAAAUUAACAUAGGAUGCAAUCAAUUUAUUUGUGGCUUGAAGUAAAA